AUGUAUUUUGUGGUAGCAUUAUCUGCGCUGUUAUGCAUUUCAACGGGGGCGACAUUCAUGGGAAAUUCGUUGACAUCAGAUCUUUCAGGCGGUCGGGCACUUCUUUAUGCAAAUGAGUACCCAACGAGUGAAGAAACUCAAAAACGGCUAGUUCGCGAGCCCCCAUUGAUAAAACGAGGUAUGGAUCCAUUCUCGAUUCCUUCCGUGAUCAAGGAGCCACCGUUGAAGAGAGCAGACUCGUACGUCUACCCAUCAACGAACUCACAGUUAUCUGACCGAAUCCCGCUCAGGGAACCGCCAUUGAAACGAAGUGAAACCCUAGACGAUCCCGUCUAUGUUCCUCUCUCGGAACCUGAGGAGGACGGGUACGACGAAGAGCUCCCC